GCGGAGUAAUCAGCUGUUAAUUGCAAUGCCAACGAGUAGUUAUAAAUUGUUUCGUUUUAGUCAGUAGGACGCAAUUUUAAUAUUAUUUUGUUUUUCUUUGUUGCUUAGAUAAGUGUUACCUUUUAAAUUAAUGGUAUGAAGAGAAUUAAGGAAUGGCGCGAUGUCCCAUGUCAUCUGUCAGAUGUAUUCAUUCAUCCAUUGUAGUGCAGAAAAAAUGUGACUAGUUUGAUAGAAUUCUGUUUUAUCAUAUAAGUGCGACACGAACACCGCGUACGAUGACUUUAUAGUCUCCAAUAGUGUAACAGACUUACCGGUUAUUGGAUCAUAUACUUAUAAGAUAGCAGCUGCACGUACCACAGUUGAUUUCCAGGGCCUAACAAUUCCCUCUACAAAGAAGCCGUGCGGCGUCGUCGGUGUGUAAUAUUUUGUUGGACGCUGAAGUUGCGUGAACUUUGAUGUUAUUUUAAGUGUUGUCAUAAGGUGUUUAAAACCGUGAAAAUUGUAAAGAAAAAAAGAUGUCGGGUCGUGUUCGGAAACAAUCGGACUGUCCAGUCAGCAAGCAGGGGCCGAUGAGAGCGACCCUGCCUGUUUCUUCAGUGAUGAAACAGAGUGGUGGAUUUAAGAAAAAUUCUGGUAAUAGCCCAACUCUGUCACCUACAAAUGUUUGGCGUCGAAUAUCACCUGACCAUGCACUUUCUGGUCAACGCAGCCCUGGUGCUGUCAACUAUAAAGGUAAAGGAAGGUUUGGUGCAAGUGUAAUCAGGCGCACAGCAUCCCUUGAUACUCUCUAUCACAAAGGACAAUGGUCUAGAGACUAUUAUCUGCAUGCUGGUCAACUACAAGUUGAUAAAUCAACUCAAACUGAUGAAGGUGGUGGAGCAUCUGGCCGUUCAUCACGAGGUUCGGAGGAUGAUAAACUGGAUCGCUUCCUGCGCAGUCGCCUCCAGAGACCUCACAAGGCUUCUGCAUCUGGAGACUUCUCUGGCAAUACAAUGAGCCCUGGAUUUUGGUCUCGGUUUGGAACCGGCGGUGUACCGCUUAGGGCAGCUCGUUCGUCAGUUGAGGGACUAAAUCAAGAGAUCGAACGGAUUGUUCUAUGCCCGGCCAGUGGCACUCAGACUCCACAUCUUGAUCGGCUACGAGAUAAGGUGACACCGGAGGGCCAUCGAGCCCCACUCGCGGAAUUACUACGACGCUCCGUAAAUACACAGACCCCACAUGAUCUCUGUCACACGGCCCAUUCCUCAGAUCCUCCAUCGCGAGGGUCACUCUCCAGUGCGGGCUCCGCAGAGCUACUGGCAGCAGGUGGCAGUGUUUGUUCAUCUCCUGAUCUAGAUGGAUCAAAACUCGGCACUUCUCCGCAGAUAAAUCGUUUCUUGGCUCGUGAACCUCCCGAUGGUUGUGAGAAGGUGAAUCUGAAGGCCGGUGAGGGCGCGUACACGGAGGCGAUGAUGAUGAAGCCGAGCGUGGCGGGAUUCACGCUGCGGCCCUCGCUCGGCUCCGCCUUCCAGCCGCUGCAGCCCGCCCCCACCACACCCUCGCCACCCCCCGCCGCCUCCUCCGCCUCCUCCGCCUCGCCCACACACUGACUCCAUACACACAAGCCGCACAGGUAUUUGUAAUAUGAAUAAAAUGCUAAUAUAUUAACUAUCAUUGUCUGUGAGAGCCCUAACGCCCACACAAAAACGCCUGUACCUAACAACUACCAAACAGUUUCCAAAUGUAAAGCAGUCUGCAGACGAUAUAUGAAAUAUUGGAGGUAUAAAAUCGUAUUGUUAUUAUUUGGAAGUUCUUAAUUAUUUAAAAGGGCUCUUUAUUCAAUGACUUUUAGAUUGGUUAUGUAUUAAUGUCAUGCAUACUUAUGAGUUUUGUGCGACAAUUAAAUAAAAGCUCAAAUAAGAUAAAAUUUUAUUAGCAUUUUAAUCAGAUUAUAUCUAUUCAAUACAGUUUGGAGUAUAUGCUGAUGUGACACUACAUAUAACAGUGUUGCUAGUUAAAUAUUAAUUUGACUGGCAACACUGUCAGUAUUUUAUAGUCUAACGUCUUAAUCUUGAUACUUUACAUUUGUAAUUUUUUAAUAAAAUGUUGCUGAUAUGAGAAUUAUUUUAUACAUGAUGAUCGAAAUGUUUUUACAAUCUUUUGUGCAAAGUUGAUCAAGAUUAGGAUGUCGUUGUACUUGACUCGGUAUGUCAAUUUUCCUUAUUUCUAUUGAGUAGUUUUAUUUUAUUUAAAUAAUAAAUAUAUGGGAGAUUAAAAACAAUAUGAAGAGAACAGAAAAGAAUUAGGCAUAUCAAAUAUCUUACUGACAUAUUCAAUUAGAUACAUCAAUUAUUUGUUUAAAUAUACUUUCAAAAAGUUUAACAUAAUAAAAAUGUUUUUAAACUUUAGUUCUUCAUUUAGCAACUACGUAGAAACAAUGUAAAAUACCCGCCAAGACUAAACUCUGAAGUUAGUAAUAAUCUGCAGCAACUCAAAACAUGAACAUAUAAUCCAUCUCUCUCACACCUUAAGUUCCUGUGUAUAUUUGUCUCGCUCAUUCUUUGUCAACGCGCGUAAUUCUAACGGUGAGCGCCUUUGUAAGACCUGUUACAAGAAUAUUGUCCCUUUCAUUCUCCUUGAAAAAAAUAGAGAUAGCAAUAAUGGUUUAUACAUUUGACAAUUUAAAUUCAUGAUAACUUCAGAGACUCAAAGAAAUAUGGUAGGUAUAUAAGUAGUGUGUCGUCUACAAAUUUGCUUAUGCUUUUUUUUAAUAUAAAAAAUUGGUACAUACUCAAUAGAAGUAAUGGAAUACAAUAAAAAAACCUGACAAUUGCAGUGCUAAUGUUUCAUAUACAUCCACAUCAAAGUCUGAUUAGAAAUUUUUAAAGUAAAAUGUAUAGUAUUUUUAUGGCUUGUGCAUUUAAAAUUGUGAAGUUAUUUUAUU